AAAAACACUUUCUAAACCAAGCUAAAAGACAUGUCGCGUGCCCCCAUCCUCCUCCUCGCUCUCCUCCUCUGCGCCGCCGGCGCCGUCGCGGCCGCGGCCAAGACGACCGUGCCCAAGUUCCGCGAGGCGCCGCACUUCACCAACUCGCCCGCGGCACGGUGCCCUCCGCUGCUAGCGUCCUCUGGCGCGGACGCGGCGUGCUCGCCCGACGCGGCGGUGCACGUGGCGAUGACGCUGGACGCGUCCUACCUGCGCGGCACCAUGGCCGCCGUGCUCUCCGUCCUGCGCCACGCCUCCUGCCCGGAGUCCGUCUACUUCCACUUCCUCGCCUCCUCCUCGUCUGGAUCAACGCCCCCGGCCGAGCUCGCGGGCGCCGUCCGGGGCUCGUUCCCGUCGCUGGCGUUCCGGGUGUACCCGUUCGUCGACGAAUCCCGCGUGGCGGGGCUCAUCUCCGCCUCCGUCCGUGGCGCGCUCGACCGGCCCCUGAACUACGCGCGCUCCUACCUCGCCUCAACCCUCCCCCACUGCGUCCGCCGCGUCGUGUACCUCGACUCGGACGUCAUCCUCACCGACGACAUCGCGUCCCUCGCGGCCACCCCUCUCCACGCGGACGCAGCGGUCGCAGCACCCGAGUACUGCGGGGCCAACUUCACCGCCUACUUCACGCCGGGGUUCUGGGCGAGCCCUUCGCUGUCGUCCACGUUCCGCGGGCGCGGGCGCCGCGCGUGCUACUUCAACACGGGCGUCAUGGUGCUCGACCUCCCCCGGUGGCGGCGCGCCGGGUACACGGCGCAGAUCGAGGCGUGGAUGGAGCUGCAGAGGCGGGUGGUGCGGAUCUACGAGCUCGGCUCGCUGCCGCCGUUCCUGCUGGUGUUCGCGGGCCGGAUCGCGGCCGUGGACCACCGGUGGAACCAGCACGGCCUCGGCGGGGACAACUACCGGGGCCUCUGCCGCGGGCUGCACGCAGGGCCGGUGAGCUUGCUGCAUUGGAGCGGGAAGGGUAAGCCGUGGGACCGGCUCGACGCGGGCAGGCCGUGCCCGCUCGACGCCGUCUGGGCCAAGUACGACCUGCUCCGGCCGGACGCCGGGAUCGAGAGCUUGUGAUCCAGAUCGCGCUCCACGUUUUUAGGUCGGUUUAAUUAGGAGAGGUCUGCUUCCAAAAAAAUAUAGGAGAGGUCUAGGGGAUGGGUUCGUUCUUUUGUUGAUGUUGUCAUCAUCAUUUUGACACGCUAGAAUGUAUGCCAAGUGUACAUAAUUCUGUGUUUGUUAGACGAACAAUAGAAAUGGAUUAGCUACUUUCUCAAGCA